UGUUUUCACUGUUGAGGCCCUUUCGCAUACUGGCUGUACCGGCGUCACUCGAAGGCGCAUUUAUUAAUUUAUCAAUUCAUUCAAGUAAAAGUUUUCCCGGUGAUAGCACCAACUGUGCAAAAAUAGUGACGUGCCAGAUUCUAGGCUUAAAUAUAUAUCUCACUUAAAUAGUGGUAAGCGCGUUCUAAAAACAAGAAAUGGGAAAGAAGUCGGACAAUCCCGAAGUUAAUAGCAAUAGCAAUGCCUCCGAUGAAGAGGAGGAGGCAGAGUACGCCGUAGAGAAGAUCAUCGACCGGCGAGUGCGUAAAGGGAAAGUUGAGUACUACCUCAAGUGGAAGGGUUAUGCUGACACCGAGAAUACCUGGGAGCCGGAGAGUAACUUGGACUGCCAAGAUCUGAUUCAGCAAUACGAGCUGAGUCGAAAGGACGAGGCGGAGAAAGCGGGAACUUCUAAGAAGGACCGCCCAAACAGCAGCAACAAGGGCAAGGACACAACGGCGCGCUCCAGCACUGCGUCUACGUCCUCGAGCAGCAAGCGAAAGUCCGAAGAACCAGCACCCGUUAGUGCUAAAGCUAAGCGCACCAUGGAGCCGGACCAGGAUAGUGGCGAUUCCAUGCCGCCAGGUGGAACUGGAUUUGAUCGCGGUCUUGAGGCUGAGAAAAUUCUUGGGGCCUCCGAUAACAAUGGCCGCCUCACAUUUUUGAUUCAAUUCAAGGGCGUGGACCAAGCUGAAAUGGUACCCUCGACUGUGGCCAAUGUUAAGAUCCCCCAAAUGGUGAUUCACUUCUACGAGGAGCGCCUGUCUUGGUACUCAGACAAUGAGGACUAGGAUUCUCGCACUCCAGUCUCGCAGCAGAGUUUUUAGAUCAUCAGAAGAUCAUUACUCUAGUAGAUUAAACCAUUAACACUAAUCACCCUGAUCACAGCACACGAAGUGCGAAAAACAUUAUUAUUUUAAUUUCCCAUCAUGUUGUGUUUUAAAAAUUUGUAACUCAAUGAUUAAAAACCAACGUAUAAUAUUCAGA